AUGACUGUUCCCGAACUUACACGCUAUGCCAUCGUAGGCACGGGUGUCCGAUCUGCCUUCUACUAUAGAAGCAUCAUCCAAGAUUUCAACGACAAUGCUAAGCUCGUUGGAGUUUGCGACACGAAUCAGACUCGCAUGGAUGCUAUCAAUGACGAUAUUGUCGAGCUCGGCUCAACUCGCCUGCCGACAUACAAGGCCGUCGACUUCGACAAGAUGGUUGCAGACCAGAAACCAGACGUUGUCAUUGUCACCACGAUCGACCGUUUUCACCAUGUCUAUUGUAUCCGUGCAAUGGAGCUAGGCUGUGAUGCUAUCACUGAGAAGCCGAUGACCAUCGAUGAGCAGAAGCUGCAGCUCAUGAUCGAUGCAGAGAAACGGACAGGGAAGCGGGUCCGCGUUCUCUUCAACUAUCGCUAUGCGCCUCAUCACACCAAGAUCCGUGAGCUGAUUGAUUCUGGUGUCAUUGGAGAGGUCUCAACCGUGCAUAUGGACUGGAUCCUCGAUUGCGCGCAUGGAUCAGACUUUAUGCGCCGCUGGCACCGAAAGAAGGAGAACAGUGGAGGCAUUCAAAUGCACAAGUCAAUCCAUCACUUUGACUUAGUUCACUUCUGGCUGAACACCGAGCCGGAAACGGUCUACUGCGUUGGCGAUCUUCGAUUCUACGGAAAGGAGAACGCUCAGCGACGCGGAGAGAAGAAUCUUGGAGAAAGAUAUCUCAACAACGAAGCUGCAAAGGAUGAUCCAUUUGCCUUUGACAUUAGUAAGAGCGACCGGCUGAAGAAGUUCUACUUAGAGGCCGAGCACGAAGACGGCUAUAUCCGCGACCGGAACUGUUUUGGCGAAGGAAUCACCAUCGAAGAUAACCUCUCCAUGGUGAUCACGUACAAGAAUCGAGCCGUCUUGACGUACAACACGUACGCGUAUGCACCAUGGGAGGGCUAUCGCUGUGUCUUCAACGGAAGUAAAGGCCGGCUCGAGAUUAACGUCGUUGAAGGUGGCUACUCCCCUGGAGGUGAACCUGUCCCCCAGUCCACCUCGUCCAAAUAUAUUCAGGGCGGUGUUGAAAGGACUACCAUCACCGUACACCCCUUGUUUGAAGAUCCCUAUGAGGUGCCAGUCGUGAAAGGAGAAGGUGGUCAUGGAGGUGGUGACCCAGUCUUAUUGCGGGAUGUUCUCGUUGGCGAUAAGGAGGACCAGUUCCACCGUGCUGCUUAUAUCCGGGAUGGAGGCAACGCCGUUCUGGUAGGUGUUGGUGCUAAUCAUUCAAUGAAGUCUGGAAUGCCGGUCAAGGUGCAGGAGCUAGUCCGAUGGUAG